GUCUCUCUGGAGUUCUGAACGCGUUCGAGAAGUGCAUCAUUUCACCCGCAACUGCGACAUCACAGUGUAACGUGUUUUCUCGGUGUGACCCACGUGUUUCUAGAUCAGAAUGUCUGACGAAGGAAAGCUGUUUGUCGGCGGCCUGAGUUUCGAUACCACCGAGCAGUCGCUAGAGGACGCCUUCUCCAAAUAUGGCGUCAUCACCAACGUUCAUGUGGCCCGAAACAGAGAAACCAACAAAUCCAGAGGAUUCGGAUUCGUGACUUUUGAGAAUCCAGACGACGCGAAGGACGCACUUGAAGGAAUGAAUGGAAAGUCUGUGGACGGCCGGACGAUCCGUGUGGAUGAGGCUGGGAAGGGCGGAGGCGGCCGGUCGGGCGGAGGAUCCUACAGAGGAGGUGGAGGAGGAGGCGGCAGCAGCGGAGGAAGAGGAGGAGGAGGUUUCUUCAGAGGAGGCCGAGGAAGAGGAGGCGGAGGCAGCUACGGCGGAGGAGACCGUGGUUACGGAGGCGACCGGAGCUACAGCAGUGGUGGAUAUAAGAGCGGCGGAGGAGGAGGUGGAGGAGGAGGUUACUCCUCUGGAGGCGGCGGCGGCUACAGCAGAGACAGGAGUUCUGGUUACAGCGAUCGCAGCAGCUCUUACAGAGACAGCUAUGAUAGUUAUGCUGUACAAGAGUAGAACCCAAGACCCGACGCGUCUGCAGCCGAGCGUUUCUAAAGACUCUUGGAUCUGUUCUUGGAUUUGUUGUAGCUGUUCUCCAUGUUUCUGUUCAGUUCUUGUACUCUGAGAGGAAGGCCGCUUUCUGAUCACCGGCUGUGAAUGAGUGAAUGUGUUGAUGUGCUGGCGGGUUCCUCUUCUGCCUCAUUUUGAAUGCUUUAAAUCACCAGAGCGAGCUGCACUCAUGUUAGCGCUCACCUGUGCUUCUGUGGGGCGUCUAGAGAGCGUUUGCUCUCCUGUGUUUGUUACUGAUGCGCAGCCGCUUCAUUAAGAGCACGGCUCCUAUUAGCUGUAAGCCAAUGAUCUGUCCAUGACCCGUAUCCGAGCGCAGUGGACUGCUGGCGCUGAGGUAUCUGUCUCUGUUCUUCGCAUCCUGCAUUUUAACCAUGGACUAUUGACUUAUCUAUAUCUAUUAAUCAUUCACUUGAAAGAGAACCAGAACUUGUUAACAGUACGCUCCAGAACUGGGAAAGAAAUCCUUGUGCUCUUGUUUCCUUUGUAUCAAAAUUUGACUCAAUAUUUUGUUUUUAUUAUUUUUAUUUUUUGCUUUUCAAUUGUGGCUUCAUGGAGCCUAUUAAACGAAACCAUUUGUUCAAA